AUGUAUAAUGAUCAAAUACUUGACAAAGAAUUUGUUGAUUGGGAUAGUAUAUAUAAUGAGUUUGAAGAAACCUAUAAUCCUAAUAAUAUAUACAACAAUUUAGAUAAUGAUAUGUUAGAUAAUAACAAUUCAAAUGAAGAUGAUAGUUUAAAUGAAGAUAACAAUAAUUUUACUGAAGAUGAUAGAGAUACUGCAGGUGAUAGUACUUCAGAAUGCUGCCCAACAGUAUUUAUGCCUGCGAUAUCAACAAUUAACAUAGCCGCUCAUUUACACACUAAACAUCGAGUUUUUAAAACUAAAAAAUGGGAACCACAAUCAUCUACAUUAACAACUGUCUAA